GGUAGCCUUGCGGGCCGAACCAGCGCCCCUUAAGCGGCCGCCCACCGCCUAUUUCCUAUGGUUGGCUGAGAACCGACCGCGAAUCAAGGAGUCCCUUGGCGAGGAAGGCCGCAAGGUAACAGAGGUUUCCAAGGCUGCUGGCAAAGAAUGGAAGAAAUUGACAGCGAAGGCAAAGAAGAAGUAUGUGGAAGAAGCUGAGAAGCUUAAGGCAGACUACUUGGUGCAGAAGGCGGCAACUGAAAGCACGAGUGAAAGCGCAGCCCGAAAGGACCCAAGCCUGCCAAAGAGACCCAAGAAUGCCUACAUGUUGUGGCUCCAAGAACACAGGAAAGACAUCGCAAAGUCGUUGGGACCCAAUCACCAGCCUAAAGAGGUGAUGGUCGAAGCCGGGAGGAUGUGGAGGUCCUUCUCGGAUGCUGAGAAGAAACCUUACGUGGCACAGGCAUCUAAGCUGAAGAAGGCUUAUGAGAAACAGGUGAGAUGA